GAGCCCUGGCCUCACAUGACUGCUGCCGCGAUGGACGGCGAGCCGACCGCAGGCACCGGCACAGGACUGAUGUAAGAUAUUGGGAUAUUGAACAGCAGCCUUUGUGGAAAAAAAUGUCCUACUGUACCAAAGAGAGAGCUUUUUCAGAUUUGGCAAAGCCUCCAGUAAAUGAACCGAGGGAACCGGAACAGUUUCUAAUGCAGGCGCCCCAGGGAAAUCCACUGCUGCUUUCCCACACCCUACAAGAGCUAUUGAGCAAGGAUAGUGUGCAGGUGGAACUUAUACCUGAGAAGAAGGGCCUUUUUCUGAAACAUGUGGAAUACGAGGUUUCCAGCAAGAGAUUCAAAUGCUCAGUCUAUAGGCGCUAUAACGACUUUGUGGUGUUCCAUGAGAUGCUACUUCAGAAGUUCCCGUACCGUAUGGUGCCAGCACUUCCACCAAAGAGGAUGCUGGGAGCUGAUCGAGAAUUCAUAGAAUCUAGGAGGAGAGCGCUGAAGCGUUUUAUAAACCUGGUGGCUCGACAUCCCCCUUUCUCAGAAGAUGUGCUCUUGAAACUCUUCUUGUCGUUCAGCGGCUCAGAUGUACAGAAUAAGCUAAGAGAGUUGGUCCAGGGAGUAGGAGAUGAAUUUAUGACCUGCAGAUUAGCUACCCAGGCCAAGGACUUCCUUCCAGCUGACAUACAGGCCCAGUUUGCUGCCAGCAGGGAGCUCAUCAGAAAUAUUUAUAAUAGCUUUUAUAAGCUUCGGGACCGCGCGGAGAGGAUAGCUUCUCGAGCCAUUGAUAAUGCCUCAGAUCUUCUCAUAUUUGGAAAGGAGCUAAGUGCUUUGGGCUCAGACACUACACCGCUUCCUUCCUGGGCUGCUUUGAAUAAUAGCACAUGGGGGACUCUGAAACAAGCCUUGAAGGGUCUGUCUGUUGAAUUUGCCCUGCUGGCAGAUAAGGCUGUGCAGCAGGGUAAACAGGAAGAGAAUGAUGUGGUGGAGAAGCUGAACCUUUUCCUGGAUUUGCUCCAGUCCUAUAAAGACCUGUGUGAAAGACACGAGAAGGGAGUAUUGCACAAGCACCAGCGAGCAUUGCAUAAGUACAGCAUGAUGAAGAAGCAGAUGAUGAGUGCCACCGUGCAGAACAAAGAACCAGAAUCGGUGGAGCAAUUGGAGUCUCGAAUUGUGGAGCAAGAAAAUGCUAUCCUAACCAUGGAGCUGCGGAAUUACUUCUCUCUGUAUUGCCUGCAUCAGGAGACACAGCUUAUCCACAUCUAUCUGCCUCUCACGUCUCACAUUUUGGGGGCCUUUGUCAACUCCCAGAUCCAGGGUCACAAAGAGAUGAGCAAAGUUUGGAAUGAAUUGAAGCCGAAGUUGAGCUGCCUCUUCGUGGGAUCUAGCAAUAUGCCAACUCCACCAUUGUCACCUCCAGAGGGAAACUUCUUCUCCAAUUAAUGCUCUGAGCAUCUAGCAUGGAGCAAGAAGUGCAAUCAACGAAGGGGUGGGACCUCUACCUCCAGAUGUUAGAAUGAAUUCUCCAAACAGCUAUUUUUAUUUGAUUUUUUUUUUUUAAUACUGCUGCUUUGAGCUGCUCUCUGAUUUAGACAGACUGGAUGUGGGGCAGAACAUGUGGAUAUAAAGACAAUCUCUUAAUUUUGAAAUGCUCUAGGGCAGAGCUGAUGUUUGUUAUCCUGCAGACACCCUUCAUGGGGUCAGGAUGUGACCUGAUGCAGUGAGUGCUGCAGUGAUGUGGCUGAUGCCUCUGUAUCUUGUACUAACAGUCUUCCGGUAAUGUUUAUCUGCACACACGCUGACACAUCUCUGCACAUCUCUGAAGUGCUGAGAUGAACAGGAUAUCUGAAGCACUUGCUUGUAGUAGAGAUGGAUUGCCUUUUAAGCUUGGGAGGGCCUGUGUUAGGGGCAUCUGGGCAUAAGGAAGGCUGAAAGCCAUCCCCCAUCCCACUGAUAGGUGUCUGGAUUUGAUUUCUUACCGCUAGACCUUAGCGCAAAAUACGUGGAUGAAGUGGUUGGACUCGUUAACCCAGCUGGGUGGGGGUCAGUGCUGCUGCAGGACAGGCUGGGCAGACCCACUUCUCUGUGUGCUUCAGGUCACGGUUGCAGGGCAGCCUAGGGACUUGCUCAUGUUUUUCAGUUUGGGGCCAAAGAUGACUGGGUUCAGGAACUCAGAGGAGUUCAUCUGGCAUAAAUGAGAAAAUAAUUGAAUAAAACACUCCUUAAUUGUAAACCGCUCAUACUGUAUGAGCACAACAGCCACAAGGUAUUUUAUUUUAUUUUAUUUUAUUUUCUUCUGGAGGUUCUGACAUCCAUCUAUUGAGUAGCUGUUCAGGACUGUUGGAGAGCUGCUGACCCAAAGGCUGGUGUUUUCUUUGGUCUGACAGCAGAUGAAGUAUCCUGUUACACUGGCAGGCUGGGACUCAGUGCUGAUAAAACUCAUUAGCAAAAAAUCAGUAUUUAUCAGGAUGUUACUGUCAUUCUUUUUCUUUUUUUUUUUUUUCUUUGUGGCUCUGGGUAGCAUUGGAGUGUGUUUGUGAAGAAGAGAAGACAAUUAAGUGAUAGUUCCCUAUCUGUCUAAAAAUGGCACGGUCCUUGGUAAUGGGGUUUUCAGAAUGAUUUGUGAUUGUGAUGAAGGGAUGAAACAUUCUCUGUGUUUCACUUUGUAUCUCUGGUGACUUUCCCUUGUGAGACAAAGGGCAGAGGGAGGAGAACUUGUGUGUCAUGUUACCUUAGGGGAAACGGUGCUUAUCCUCCAGAGAAACUGGAAAGUGAAGAAACUGCAAACGCAUGCAGCAAAACUGUACGUGAACAGGGCUUUCCUGAACCAAACUUCUCUGGGGCCAAAAUAGCUGCUAAAGGGGAAUUUGAGGCUCGGCUUCUUAACGUUCUCUUUGAGUGGGUAAAAAGGAAGCACAUUAGCAAGGAUGAGUGCUCGCUGUUAAACUGGAACUGUUACAGUAUUUUCCCAUUGGGGAACUUCCCCGUUAGCAGGAAAUAUAUUUAAAUCCUCCAAUCAUUAAAGCUUUUUUUCUUUUUUCUUUUUUUUUUUAAUUUAGAAAAUUCAAUGCAACAUGAAACUCUUCCUAGUCCGGGGUUAGUUUUGUCAGCUAGGAGCAAGAUCACUUAUUUGCCUAGUUUCAUGAGACUGGCAUAACCAUUACACACACCCCUCAAAAUGUGGUAAAGUGUACUUAACGUGGGUGAAUUUCUUAGGUGCUGGGCCUUAAGAAGUGUGUAGGGAGUCUUUUUAACAACCUUGCUCAGAGAGCAUUAUUAAGAGCUUUUUAUAGCAACUCAAAUGUUAACUCUCUUUUGAGUCUUCUGCAUAUUGGCUUUGACCAGUGAGACAGAUUAACUGCGAACGGCUGUGACAGAUUUGAUUCUCUCUCCUGAAGAUUUCCAAAGUGAUGCAGAAGAGAUUCUGCUCACAAGCCAGAGCAAACUGGCUGGGGAAGGAAAUAUUUCUGCAGUACAGGAACAAAGAAGAUAAUUAUCUCAAGAAUGGCACAAAAGGUGCCAUUUUUUUUUGACCUUGUCUUGAUUAUGAAGACAGUUUGUCAUUAAAGUGCAGAAAGUGUGUUACCAUAUUUUUAAAUGUUCUUCACUCCUAGCAUCUCUCGAAGGUGCUGGCUGGUUAUGGCCUAUUGUUUGCAUCCUCCCUCAUUUAGCCUUGUUUGCCUGAUGUGGUGAACUGUAUAUUUUGGGGCAAGAUCUGAUACCUAUAUGAUGGAUCUUCCUCGCAACUUGUCUGGCUGGGGUAGAUGCUGGGUUAUGUUCUGUAGGAGCAUUUGCAAAGUAUUAGUCUGAAUGGAACUUUGCACUUCGUGCAUUUAGAAAAAAGUUACAAUUUUGGACUUUAUUUAAAAACAAAAACCAACCAAACACCAAAACCACAUUUGGGCUUUAGACUAACUCCUCUUUCCUCUUCUCCUUCAAAGCAAGAAUUCUACAGUCCAAAUGCAGAGACUGUAAUAAUGAUAAACACAGAGCACACAACCUGUAAAGGAACUGGAAUUACGUUGUUUUGCAAGAACACCUGUUCCUCCAUUGUCAGUCCUUGCCUCUUUGAGGAGAGCAGUUUUGGGGGUGGAGUUUUCUGGUUUGGAUUUUACUCUGUUCACCUAGUAUUUUGGGAACAGAGGCCUAGUAUUCUCAAAGCUGAUAUAGCUAGUGGCACUUUCAGAAUUUUUCAUACUGGACCGUCAAGCUUCUGUCUCGUUCCUAAACACAUGCAUACGCUAUUUCAUACAACCCUUAAUUUGCAAACCUUAUUUUUGGGAGACUGGUCAGUGUGCAAAUAGCACUACUAUGUUUACCUCAAUAUGCGAGGGAAUUCCUUACUGUAUUUCUCCUGUUUAGUUGAGGGAUCUGUCAGACUUGAAGAGCAGCAUCAAGUACAGCUUCCUUCCUCUGGAGAAAUGCAGCAGGGAAUCAAUCGUCUGUCUAGACUAGUCAAGGUAGGGGAAGUGGUUCUAGUUACCUCCGUGCUAUCGCCUCCUGCAGCAAACAGCCUAGCUAGACGCAAGGGUGAGAACAAGACUUAAUGAAGUUGGUUCCAUGGCUGGUAGCUGGGUAGAUUGCAAUAAACACUAAGCAUACCAGAACACUAAUUGGAAAGUGCAUGCUGCCUGUCUGAGAACCAAUGCUCCUGUAAGAUGUAGUGCCAAAGAGUUAACGUGCCUUCUUGAAUGGAAGCUUUCUGUGUAUUGCUUGAGCUUAUGAGGACUUAUGUGUUUGAAACAGUAAUGAUAAGAAAGGUCUCCAAUCUUCCUGUCAGUGUCUGUCAAAUCUGUCGUGGAGGUACCAGGGUAGUAAACAGCCGAGAACCUGAAACUUUACCUGAAAAAUGUUUUAUCAAAAGGGCUGUAUGUUUUUGUCACUCCUGAGGUCUCCUCUGCUUUCCAGUUGUGGCUUUUUGACCAGUAACGUGUUAAAAGGUUUCCAAACUAUAUUUACAAUACAAACUUAAUCUUUGAUCCUUCUUUCCCUCUCCUUCCAUCUUCCUUGCGAGUUGCUCCUCCUAAGUUGCAACAUGUUUUCAACAGUGCCUUGCUGCAUUCCAGUGCUUUUACUCUUCUACUUUGAUCAUACAAGGGUGUAAUUCCUGGAAUUUGUAACAGGCUAAUUCACAAUCUUCAAUUUGUGCUGUUUCCUAAAAGACAAAGAUCACGAGCUGGGGACAGAACUUACUUAAAAUAUGUCACUUCCCACAACUGCAGCAGGAGCAAUAACGUCACUACUCCGACAUGAGCUAAGGUCAGUGCUGCUGAAAGCAUCUUCAUAAAGAUUGCCCUGACUGCAGAAGAGGGGAUAGCAAAUAGAAGUGCAAGCCUGAGCCGUGCUUGUUCUCUUCCUACCUAAACUCCUGGAGGAACAGAAAGUAAUUGUCUCUUACAGUGCAAUUUACAGUUUCCACCAGGAAAUAAAUCAAUGUAACUUAACAGGUAAUGGCUGCCAGUCACUCCCUUUCCUACCAUGCAGUGAGGCCUCACAUCCUGUUACAAGCCACCUCUCCCCUUGCGCUUAUUUUCUGUCCUCUUCUCCCCUCAAGCCAUUCUCUCUUAGAACAGCCAGAAACCCUCACUGCUGUCUCAGAAGCAGAGGUAUCAAAACCUCUGUAAAUAACUUGGGGUGCAGCACAAAAGGAAAAGGAAGAUUCUACGGUGUUAACUGUUCUCCAAGUCUGAGCUGUGGCUUGCUGAGCAUAUGAAGAAGGGCAUUUUUGAGUGGUAUAAAUUAUUCAGAACUGCUGGAGGGAGACAAGAAGAAACAAUCUUGUUCAGAGGGUGUGAGUUUUGCCUGCCUGGAAUAUACUGUAUCUUUGCUUUGCUCAAAUAGCCUUAUGUAUGAAGCACUUUAUCCAAACGCAGGAAUUAAAGAACUAUUACUACAGCUGGUAGACUGGAAAUGUUUACAGAUCCUAUAUUACAUUCCAAGAUUCUAUCUGUAAGUGUUAUAUGUGUUUGUAAAAGUGUUUAAAAAACCAAACCAACAAAACUUGUUUAA